UCAUCCGGUCCGCGCACCCGGUGAUGAACGGAGUUCUCGAGCUACCGGAGAGACUGUUGACAAUGACAAUCCUCACGGUCCCACUGAGAACAUGAUCCUCCGCCAGCCGCCACAGGCCUGUCCCAGAGCCGCAGUGCCCUGCUGUGUUUGUGGGCCGUGAGCAUGCCCUCGCCCCGGCCCGGUCCUUUCAGCCUGACGUCGAAGCAACCUAAAGCAGGAUGUAUUUCAACCGCUCCAAGAAGAUCCACAGCGAAGGAGAACAGUUAGUGUUGACCGCCAUUAGGCAGGACUCCAGCGAGCUACCAGAGUCUGCUACCAUGCGCGCCCGCCUCACAGACCGGUUUGAUAAAACAUCGCCUCUCUCUCAUCAAUCCAACGGUGCAGGACCCGCUUGCUCUUCCGCCGGGUACCGCAAGGCAGACGAUGAGAUGUCCGGUACUACUUCCCAGGCGGAGACCCUAGAUGCCACGGCGCGGAGCAUCCACCUCCACCAGCCCCAGCUCACCAAAUUCUGCGAUAACCACGUCAGCACAACCAAAUAUGGCGUCCUCACCUUCCUGCCGCGCUUCCUCUACGAGCAGAUCCGCCGUGCCGCCAACGCCUUCUUCCUGUUCAUCGCACUCAUGCAGCAAAUCCCUGACGUGUCGCCGACGGGUCGGUACACCACGCUGGUGCCCCUCAUCUUCAUCCUCACCGUGGCCGGGAUUAAAGAGAUCAUAGAGGACUACAAAAGGCACAAGGCAGACAACACGGUCAACAACAAGAAGACAACAGUUCUGCGAAACGGAGCCUGGCAGACUGUCAUCUGGAAGCAGGUGGCAGUAGGAGACAUAGUGAAGGUGACCAAUGGGCAGCACCUUCCAGCUGACAUGGUCAUCGUGUCCUCGAGUGAGCCUCAGGCCAUGUGCUACACAGAGACCUCCAACCUGGACGGCGAGACCAACCUGAAGAUCCGACAGGGUCUCCCGCUCACCGCUGGGCUCCAGUCCCUAGAAGAGCUGAUGACUCUGUCCGGUCGUCUGGAGUGUGAGGGGCCCAACAGACACCUGUACGACUUCACUGGCACCCUGCGGCUGGAGAACCUCAACCCGGCUCCGCUGGGGCCCGACCAGGUGCUGCUGCGGGGCGCCCAGCUCAGGAACACCCAGUGGGUGGUGGGUAUCAUCGUCUACACGGGACACGACUCCAAACUCAUGCAGAACUCAACCAAGGCCCCCCUGAAGCGCUCCAACGUGGAGCGGGUGACCAACGUUCAGAUCCUGGUUCUGUUCUGCAUCCUGUUGGUCAUGGCUCUGGUCAGCUCGGUGGGCGCGGCCAUCUGGAACCGCACGCACACCGAGGAGAACUGCUGGUACCUGUCCCGCGCAGGGGACAUCUCCACCAACUUUGCCUACAACUUGUUGACCUUCAUCAUCCUCUACAACAACCUGAUCCCCAUCAGCCUGCUGGUCACUCUAGAGGUGGUCAAGUUCACACAGGCCCUCUUCAUCAACUGGGAUGAGGAGAUGUACUACAGCGAGACGGACACGCCCGCCAUGGCCCGAACCUCCAAUCUGAACGAAGAACUCGGUCAGGUGAAGUAUCUCUUUUCAGACAAGACGGGAACUCUGACCUGCAACGUCAUGAACUUCAAGAAGUGCACCAUUGCCGGGAUUACAUAUGGACACUUCCCUGAUCUAGAAUGUGAUCGUUCAAUGGAGGACUUCAGCCAACUUCCUGCCAGUACCAAUAACUCCACGGAGUUUGACGACCCCGCCCUGAUCCAAAACAUUGAGAACCACCCCACCUCCUCUCAGAUCUGUGAGUUCCUGACCAUGAUGUCUGUGUGCCACACGGUGGUCCCAGAGCGGGACCAGGAGACCCUCAUCUACCAGGCCUCCUCCCCCGACGAGGGGGCGCUGGUCAAGGGGGCCAAGGGCCUGGGCUUCGUGUUCACGGGCCGCACCCCCGACUCUGUCAUCAUCGACGCGAGAGGGAAGGCGCAGACCUACGAGCUCCUCAACGUGUUGGAGUUUUCCAGUAACCGCAAGCGCAUGUCAGUGGUGGUGAGGACCCCCAGCGGGAAGCUCCGCCUCUACUGCAAAGGAGCCGAUAACGUGAUCUUCGAGCGGCUGACCGAAGCAUCACAGUACAAGGAGCUGACUGUGGCCCACCUGGAACAGUUUGCUACUGAAGGCCUGAGGACCCUGUGUUUUGCCUAUGUGGACCUGGAGGUGUCUGCGUACCAGGAGUGGCUGAAGGAGUACACACGCAUCAGCACCGUGAUCAAGGACCGCGCCCAGAAGCUGGAGGAGUGCUACGAGCUGCUGGAGAAGAACCUGCUGCUGCUGGGGGCCACGGCCAUCGAGGACCGGCUGCAGGCCGGGGUCCCGGAGACCAUCGCCACCCUGAUGAGGGCCGACAUCAAGAUCUGGGUGCUGACCGGAGACAAGCAGGAGACGGCCAUCAACAUAGGUUACUCCUGUCGCCUGGUGACACAUGGCAUGUCCCUCAUCAUCGUCAAUGAGGACUCUCUGGAUGCGACCCGGGCCACCCUGACGGCCCACUGCACGGCGCUGGGCGACUCGCUGCGCAAGGAGAACGAGCUGGCGCUCAUCAUCGACGGGCAGACGCUGAAGUACGCGCUCUCCUUCGAGCUGCGCCAGGCCUUCCUCGACCUGGCCCUGUCCUGCAAGGCCGUCAUCUGCUGCCGGGUGUCUCCUCUGCAGAAGUCUGAGAUCGUGGACAUGGUGAAGAAGCACGUGAAGGCCAUCACGCUGGCCAUCGGCGACGGGGCCAACGACGUGGGCAUGAUCCAGACGGCCCACGUGGGCGUGGGCAUCAGCGGCAACGAGGGCAUGCAGGCCUGCAACUCCUCUGACUACUCCAUAGCGCAGUUCUCCUACCUGGAGAAGCUGCUAUUGGUGCACGGGGCCUGGAGCUACAACCGUGUCACCAAGUGCAUCCUGUACUGCUUCUAUAAGAACGUGGUCCUCUACAUUAUAGAGCUCUGGUUCGCCUUUGUCAAUGGCUUCUCGGGCCAGAUCCUGUUUGAGCGCUGGUGUAUAGGACUCUAUAAUGUGAUCUUCACGGCCCUGCCCCCGUUCACCCUGGGCAUCGUGGACCGGCCCUGUAGCCAACAGAACAUGCUGCGCUUCCCCCAGCUCUACCGCAUCACCCAGAACGCAGAGGGCUUCAACACCAAGGUGUUUUGGGGUCACUGUAUCAACGCCCUGAUUCACUCAAUCAUUCUCUUCUGGUUCCCGCUCAAAAUGUUAGAGCAUGACUCCCCCUUCAGCGACGGCCACGGGAACGACUACCUGUUUGUGGGGAACAUGGUGUACACGUACGUGGUAGUUACAGUCUGUUUGAAGGCUGGGAUUGAGACCACGGCCUGGACCAGGUUUUCUCACCUGGCCGUGUGGGGCAGCAUGAUCCUGUGGCUGGUGUUCUUCGCCGUCUACUCCACCUUUUGGCCGGCCAUCCCCCUCGCCCCUGACAUGCGAGGCCAGGCAAGUCUCACUCCAGAAACCUGUCCAUCAAUCCCCUCACUUUAGACCUGAAUCCUACCCCCCCACUAACACGUAUCCCCUGUCCUGUUCAUGGAGAACCCCCCCUCACCCAAGCUUGUCUUGGCGCCUGCAGGACUCUGCACUUGGGUGUUCCAUGUCGGUGUCACCCCCGGGGGGAGAUUUAUGCCCCACCAGCCCCUCUUAGUCUCUCCAGGGGCAGUCCCGCACCUGCCGUGCCGGUCACUUGAGCCCCAGGCUUUCUACGGCCUUCUGUGGAGGUGUUGAGUCAAGGAGAGGGACUGCUGUUGGUUUCCUGGGCAGAGGUCGGGGGUGGGUAUAGGUGGAGGAUGGGGAGGAAGGAUGGGAUAAACGGGUCAGAGGCGUGUGUGUGUGUAUCUGUGCACGUGUGUGCGCAUGCUAUGGUAGUGAAGAGGAAAUGGGGGGGGGGGGGGGGAAACGUGCACACGCACAUACACACACACACAACACCAGCCCAUUCAUUGAAUUAGUGUCAGCAGCAGGAAUGUGGUGGAAUAAGUGCAGCUGUUGGUCCACCAGGGAGCGGAGACAUCCUCAUCAGACCGCCCCACCUCCGGCCACAGCACCAGCCUGAGCUUCUGCUUCCACUCCGUCUCUAUCUCUGUUUUCAUCUGGCCAUGGGGGACAGAAUGGAAAAAACUGCAGCGGGCCAGAUCUGGAGUUGUGUGUGUGUGUGUGUGUGUGUUUUGCAUAGAUAAAGGACCCACUGGUGUGUGAAAUGAAAGCAACAUGUCUGGUUAUGUCUGUGCUUGUUUGUACAGGGAGCAGAGAAGUCUUGAUUUGAGGCUGGGAUAAGCGUGGAUUUAUAUUUGUGUCCUGCUCUAAUGCGUAUGCAGGCUCUGUGAACUGAACAGAGUUCCUGUUUGUGUCACACACGGAGAGAGAGAUGUUUAUUUGACGUCUUGAUUCAUCGUUCCACCGAUGUGUUUCCAGCUGUCGCCCCAAGAAUUUGUAAAUGGUUUCUCCGAUUUAGUGUUCGGGUGGAUUCCCGCGGCGGGCCUGGGGUCAGCUGUCCUGAUGGCCUGCUGUCCUUCCA